AUGGCCUCGCCGUGGCCAUUGAAGGAUGAAUUCAUAAGUAAUAGCGACCGCGACCGUGAUAAAGCACCAUGGCAUCGUCUCGAGAAUCUCCCCACGCCAUUCGCCGAACAAUACGCAAGACUCAGUCAACCUUGGCUUCCCGGCUUCUGGAUACGGUUUCCCUAUCGUGGCCUUGGCAUGUGGUUCUUGGCGUUGUUGGGCACAGUUGCAGCUGUUAUGAUCCUCAUUUAUAGCGAUGGAGUGCCUGUUGAUCAUUGGGAUGAGCGGAUACAGCCUACUGUAUGGCUGGCCUUGACAUCGGCGCUGUCUGGAGCUUUUCUUGCUUGUGCUUUUACUGAGGGAGCGGCGAUUUCAUAUUGGCGAGCAGCUGGCAAACCGGUGACUUUGCAACAAUUGCAGGCUGUAUAUGGCUCCUCAACUGGCAUCAUACAAGCUGCCCUGAAUUUAUUCACUUGGAAGUCCAGGACAUUGGGUCUAGCAUCGAUUCUUAUGACAUUAUCUGUCCUGCGCGGUCCCCUCAUGCAGCGCGCCUCAUCAACAACAAACCACUACCAGGCUCAACAAGGGACCACGAACUUUCAUAUCGCGCGAGAACUUCCCGAAAACUACGCCUGCAUCAUGACUGGUCGCAGUCAUUCCACUUCGUUACUCACCAAAAACUUCAGCGACGUCGCCCAAAGUUACAGUCGUCGAUCCGACAUGGCUGUUUUCGAUACUUCCUGCACCAACUGUACGACCUCUGUUGAGGGUUUUGGUUUCGAUGUCAAUUGCACGGAUACGACAAGGGACUUCAAUCUCACAAUUGGCAUGGAUAGGGCAAGCAUGCUGAGAGCUAUGGUUGGAGCAUAUUUCUUCCAGGUUAAUGUUACGGAGUACAGUGACUGGGGCGUCAACGAAUUGCCCAACGGGACAUUCCUCCGGUACACGACACUCUACAAGGACACGGACAAGUGCAGUGGAAAGAUCAAGGUCCAGACAUGCGGUCUUCAUGCUGGAAUUGCAAAGUUCCCGGUACGAAUGGAUGGUAAGACGGUUGAGCUUCAAGGAACAUGGAAGGACGACAAGUUCAUUGAACAAAAAUACAUGUUGCCUGCUGAUAUGGUUAUGCCCGGAUCAGGAAAUAUCUUGGGAGGCUUCAGCAUGAUUGCAAAGUCUCUUUACGAGUCACAAGCUUUCAUGCGCUUUACCGGCGCCACUGGCUAUGAUGUCAGCUCCACAGGUCUACCAGCAACCCAAUAUCUCACCAUGAACGGUACCGCCCCUGGAUGCGGAGAUCGAUGGGACAAUCCAAUGGAGGAUAUCAUCGAACUCACCCGAGACAUUGGCUUCCGAGCAAGUCUUCAAUACGCCAAGUACAACACGACAGACAAGCAGAAAGUCGAGUACGACAGCGGCACGACGACGCUAGUAUACGUGACGAAUUACGAGAAGAUGUGGAUAGCGAUUGCAGUUUCUCUGGUUGGUAUCUUUGCUGUCCUCCCUACUUUCUGGGGCUGGUGGGAGCUUGGUCGAGAUGUCAGCCUUAAUCCGCUUGAGAUCGCGAAUGCGUUUGGAACUGUUGGGCAAGAAUCGCAUAUUAUGAGAAACGUUGAUCCGAAUCAGAACGUUGGUGGAAUUGUGAACGCUGUUAAUGAUAUUGGACCUGUGAGAUAUGGCGCAUGGGAGAUGAGCGAUGGUGUUAUCAGACUCGGGUUUGCGGGAGCUGGAUUAGUGAGGAACCCGUCCAAGGGGGAAAGAUUUAAUUAUUAG